GCUAUUCGUAAGAACCAAAGCAAGCCCUUUGUAAUAGCCUCGGCUACUUGGGUGACAUAUGUUGCCUGUAUUGUCAGCCGAACAAAUACUAGUAGAAUAUUGCCAGGUUGGAGUCGGCGCGACCUACCGAGGGACAGUUUCCGUGACCAAAACCAACAAGACGUGUCAGCGCUGGGACAGUCAGACACCACACAAACACAAAUGGACAAACGAGAGCUUUCCUACAUCCGGAAUGGAGCAGAACUACUGUCGGAAUGCUGACCCGGGCUCAGCAGGAGGAACCACAGGAGUCUGGUGCUUCACCACGGAUCCCAGCACCAGAUGGGAGUACUGUGACGUACCAGUUUGUGCCCGGCCAUGUCAGAACGGUUGGACUGAGUACAAGACCCACUGCUACAAGCUGAUGACAUACAUGACAGACUGGCCCACAGCAAACAAGGACUGCAAAAAACUCGGUGCAAACCUGGCGUCUAUCAAGGACCAUGACGAGAACAACUUCGUUACAGGUCUCAUCGCCAAUGCACCUGCUGGAUUCAUGCUGCAUCAUUUCGUCUGGUUUGGGCUGAACCGUCGAGGCGGGGAAGAAUGGAAGUGGUCGGAUGGGUCGCCUGUUUCCUAUUGCAACUGGCACCCGGGUGAGCCUGGUCAUUCCGAUUAUCUCGGCAUAAAGGCGGAAUGUGCCGGCGUGUACUCGAAGUCUUUCACCGCUUUCAUCGGUUUUGGCCUCCGGAGGGAAAAGAAACUGUGGGGUGACCAACAGUGCUACUUUGGGUAUGGGUAUCCCUUUGUUUGUAAACAUUUAAAAGGAUAAUAAUUUGUUACACUAAUGUGUCCACAAACAAGAAAGGG